CUAAGCGUUAGGCAUCCGAGGGUAACGCACGUGGUUGCACUACAACACUACACUGUCCAUCUCUCAUCCCAUCAUGUCUUUUGCAACAUGCGAAGGCAAAGACAGACUGAUAUUCGUGACGAAAGAAGACUACGAGAGCAACGAGAAAAUAGAAAUUCCGGAAGAACCACCGGGCAUCGUCUAUCCAAGUGGAGAUAUCAACUGGGACUGUCCGUGUCUUGGAGACCUUCCCAGUGGCCCUUGCGGCAGGGAGUUCCGAGCGGCAUUCUCUUGCUUUCAUUUCAGUAGGGAGGAGACGAAGGGGUCGGACUGCAUUCCUGCAUUUAAGGAUAUGCAAGACUGUUUUAUGGCUCAUCCGGAGAUAUACGGAGAUGACGAGGAUGGAGAGGAAAAUGGCGAUGGCAAAGAUGGGAAUGUUGAUAUCAAUGAUGGAAAUGUGGAUAUUAAUGAUGGGAGUAUAGAUAUCAAUGAGGGGAAGGUGGGUGGUAGUGAUGGUGAUAGACGUAGGGACGAGGGUGAGGUUAGUGGUGAUGAAAAAGGUUCGCAGCGGGACAGUUGACACGCUGCGGUGGAUGGUGAUAGGAGUGUCGAUCGAGCGGCAGUGAAAAAUGACGAUAGUUGAUGUGCACGAUUUCUAUACACACGACACACUCUUGUAGUGUGAUUUCAUUUUUAAUUUAUGUGUAUGUUAAGUGAGGAGGCACAAACACACACACACACACACACACACACACACACAC